AUGCUGUCGCGGGUGACACAUGUACGAAACUCAAGGCUUUUCAUUGCAUUGCUGAUUUCCGUCGUUUUCACCGUGUCAGUCAUCAUUUCCUUUUUGCGGAAAAACGACUUGUAUCAUCGCGGCAUUUCACCUGGUACACCGCAAGAUGCUCCACAGAACGUUGCCCUCGCCAUCAAGAAACAGUCGUUUGGCCCGGCGGCUGUAAAGGAAGUUGCGUUCACCAUCAACAAAGAACAAUAUUGNCGAGGAGCACAGAGAGACACUUAUCAAAAUCUAACACUGAAGACACAAAUGGGUCUGGAAUGGGCGGCAAAAUAUUGCGACUUUCAGUUUGUAAUGAAAGCAGACGACGAUGUCUUUGUCAAUCCUUACAGACUGAUGGGCUAUCUAGGAAACCCCGACACACCUAAAACUAAGCUGUAUCUCGGAUACGUGAGGCGGAGUGCGGUACCUCAUCGGCAAGGAAAGUAUGGAGUGUCCAUGGAAGCGUACAAUAAAACCAGAUAUCCUGCCUUUUGUGGCGGCGUAGGCUACGUGCUAUCGUCAGACCUUGUCCUGAAAAUGGUGCAAAUGUUUGAUGCCAAGAAACCUUUGAACCUUGAAGACGUGUACAUAGGUACAUUAGUGGAAAGGCUGGGAGUGACAGAUGUGCGACACCAUCAAGAAUUUCGUUCUUUGCAGUUUGGACCGUGCAAAUAUUUCUCGGAUACUAUUGUUUACCAUAGAGCCUCCAUAAAUUGCUUGGAAGAACUGUUUAAUUUAGCGAUGAAAGAAAGACUACAGGGUGAAUUCAAUAAAUCCAGGAGUACGAAAACUGAAGAAAACAAACAACUGUCAAUGCUGGUGAAACAUGAUGACACAGGACAAACUGAAAAAGUUUGACCGCGAAUUUUUAUAUGAGAAUGUUGUUUUUCUGGCCCAGGAUGAAAAUUCUUGUUUUUCUGCCGAUAUUCUUGUGAACAUUCUUAGAUUAUAUCGUUUACAUUUCAGUGUUAGAAUCUACAGGGGUAUCAUUGACUAGUGUUUAAUGUCUAGAUGACGUUGAAGCAAUUUUAGAGCCAGACAGCAGGCAAGCUUAACAUGCCAGAGAACUUCUUGCAGAAAUGUUAUUAGCAUCGAACAAAAGGCUUGUGGUUUUGAAAUUUUUUUCCUGCUAGUUUUGCCGUUUGGGGAUAGGAAUAGGUUUGUGCGGUUUAAAUAAAAACAUGUAACAGCACUGUUGUUACUGAAAUUUUUCAACGACACAAAAGUAUAUUCUUUCAAAGUCUUAGCCUCGGGUUUAUUUUUAAACACUUUUAAAAUUUAGCAAAUUUUAGCCUCGAUAUUCUUAUAGAAUGUAUCAUGUUCUUAUAAAAAAAAAAGAGUAAAGCCAAAGGGAUUGCUUUUUCCUGUCCGUUCGGUAAGGUUUUCAGUCAUAUAACUUUUCGCCUUUUGUGCUUAUAUUUCUGAUGUUAAGUCUAAAUAAUAUGGUCAUUAUAUUCUCCAGAAAUAAGAUGUAACAUCCAAGAGGAUUUCAAAUUAAAUAUAAUCAAUGGCGAAUAUUUGGUUUUAGGCAUCGGAUAGACAUGUUAACAUUUACCGGAGUGUACUUUACCAUGGUCGUUCUGUCCAUUGGGAAAUUAUUGAUUAUCGCAAUAAAAUUCUUGAACUAAUUCAUGCAUGUUUAGGAGGCGGUUUCAGUAGUGGGCAGUUUUGUUUUUUUGAUAUUAAUAUUUACCUACGUACGUGUACGUGGCGAAAGGAACUGAUUGAUCGAGUGUAACAAAAGAGGACAACAUCUUUAUUUGAUCCACUGACUUUGAUUGGCAAUUGGAGGAAAUUUCGAUCCUCAGAAAUAAAUUACGAAUAAAAUUUUACAGUGGUUUGUAAA